UGCAAAGUCAUUUCAAGGUAUAAUUAAAGCUUGAGCUUUACACAUGCGGACUUUACCAUGCCGCUAAAGGAGUACUCUCUCCCGGAGGAGGUCUGGAUUCACGCGUUCACUUUCUUGUCGACACGGGAUAAACACAGCGUCCGCGCGACCUGCAGGUACUUCAGAGAAGUACUAGAUAAAAAUGUUUAUCUUUGGAAAGAUUUCUCCGUGGUCCUGAAUGACUUCUCACGAUACAAUCGGGGGUUCUGGAGAACCCUGGCUCGCAGAAACGUCCGCACUUUGGUCCUGAGGGAAGGCAAGAAGAAGUAUUUGCGGCCGCUGCCAGACGCGCUGCCGUCCGUGACAGGCGUCGCGGUGGACUACUGGUCGGAGCCGCAGCCGCUGGACACUCUGGCCCGCUUUUCCAAACUCACCAGUCUGUCGUUCCACAACUCCCAGUGUCCGCUGGACCUCUGCCCCCUGCUGCAGUUGCUGUCCCUGCAGGUCACCCGGCUCAGCGUGUGCAACGUGAAGCUCCGCUCUCCGACGGUCCAGUUUAUCAGCACCGUGUCCAAGAUGCGGAAUCUGACGCAGCUUCUGCACCACCACGACGGGACGGAGCGCAUCCCGCUGCGCGCUUUCCACGACCUGUUGAGCGGACUGCCCAGACUGCAGCAACUGUCUUGGGAGAUGGUGGCCCACCGGAGCCUGCCGGACCACUUCUUCAGCCCGCCCUCGGUUCAGCAGCAGCUGGAAGGCCCACGACCCCUCCCCCUGUCCAGCCUGGAGCUGCUGAACUACGACACGCUGGUGACCCGGGAGGCACUGGCCCCGCUGGCCGGCCUCCGCAGGCUGUCCGUCCUGCACCUGUACUCCGUCCCGGGGCCCCACUGCCACCUCAGCACCUGGCUGCUGGCCCUGCCCCGGCUGACCCACCUCAGCGUCCACGGGGGCCACCGUCUGGGGGCGUGGGCCGCCUGCCUGCCCCGGUCCGUGGUGGGGCUGACGCUGUGCGUGGACCUGACCCUGGACGACCUGGUGGUGCUGGGGGCCAGGCUACCCCUGCUCCAGCACCUCCACCUGGAGCCCUGGGGGGCCACGGGCUACGUAGCCCUGGUCCCGGAGCUCUUCCCCCAGCUCAGGACCCUCAAGAUACGUCAUCACAACGUGCCAGAGUCGGACUUCCUUGGCCUCGCCCUUCUGGACAAACUACACCAUCUAGAGGUCUUGGACUGGUACUGCGGUCACCGCCGGCCGGCCGAGGGCCACGCCCACAUCCGGCCGGCCGGCGGCCACGCCUCCACCAGUCCUCGGCUGUCUAACCUCAUAGCGCAGCUCCGACAACUGACCAAUAACCGGGUCCACAUCACCCCCAAACGCCAACAAGACCCUCUCUUAUGCCAGUGUCUUUCAUAGGUGCGUCGGUCGCACGUCGUGAUUCCCAACGGUGUGAUUGUACUGCGGUCACAUGAAUUUUCAAGAUGUAGUAUGAAGUGAUUCUGCUGAAAAGGUGCCUACAAGGAAAUGGAACCGAGAUUCCUCAGUGCUGAAAGAAAUUCUGCUUUUGUAAUUCCAUCUGGGUACCAAUGUUGCAAUUCGGUUUUUGAAACUCAAUGCAUGAUGAAAUUGGGUGAGACACUGCGCAAUACUACCAUUUUUACUUUAAUUACAUUUUACACUAUUUAGGAUUAAAAAUGAAUGACUGCCAGAUUGAAGAAAUAUAUUGUUUUGAAUCAACAGAAUGCCUGAAGUCAACCAUUACUGACCGGUCUAGGCAACGGUCAUGUACUUAAUCCUGGUGAAGCGAUGAUAAAUGUUAAGUAAAAUGCAAUUAUGUAUAAAAAAAAAAAUCUUUAA